UAUAACCAACAAUUUCUUUAAAAUAAAUACUCGCUUUUUAAAUGACACGUUAUUUUCGGUAACAGGAUUGAGAAAACAUGCGCCCAUCUUCUGCUUAAACCUUGUUAAAAAUAAAAUAAAGUUGCCUGACAUUGACCAAUACACAUUUGAAUAGUUAAAUAUUUGUAGUAUUAGAUUCAAUGUUAAAAAAGAUAAAAAUAAAUAAAUAAAAUAAAAAGUUUAUUUUUGAAGAGUUGCAACAAGCAAAUGUCACACAUUCGGUGGAAUGGCCCACAAUCGUACCGAUCCAAAACUUUUGACUGGGUGCGAAAAGGACCCGGAAAUGCAGUCGCAGAGCGUUUGUUUGUAAACGGAUGCUUAAUUUAUAGAGAAAGUACAGAUAAUGUACAGCUCUACAUUAACGUUGAGUUGCAUGUGGGCGUGUGCGACAUCCGGAAGUGAAUGUACGGGGACUAUCUGUGGUGAGUUGGUUGCUAUGCGACGUGUCCUGGAAGUGAAUGUGUCUUGUUGUAGAGUGUUGAAUCAUGGCUGCUUCAACAGUCAAUAAUGAUAGCCGUCACAAAAGACAAAAAUGCAGCGAGAAGCUGCCUUUACAAGACAGAGAGAUUAUUAAACCCUCCAUAACAGAGCUCACCAAAGAAGUGCGGACCAACAUCCUCUGUACGGUGGAAGGAUGCGGGAAGAUUCUGCCUAACACUCCAGCACUCAACAUGCAUCUGGUCAAGUCCCACAGAGUCAAGGAGGGUCUGGUCAACCCUACAGUAAGAAAGGACAUUAAGGAUUCACAAAAGCUCUACUGUUGCCCAAUAGAAGGCUGCCCAAGAGGACCACAUAGGCCCUUUUCUCAGUUUUCGCUUGUUAAACAGCACUUUAUGAAGAUGCACGCAGAAAAGAAGCACAAGUGUUUGAAGUGCAGUAAUGGCUACAGCACUGAGUGGGACCUGCGGAGACAUGCUGAGGAUUGUGGGAGGACAUACAGCUGUACUUGUGGUUGUCCUUAUGCCAGUAGAGCAGCACUGCUGUCUCAUGUCUACAGAACAGGCCACGAGGUUCCCAAGGAGCACAGGUAUCCACCUGUGAAAAAGAGGAAGAUGGAAAGAAUGUCAAGCAGUACAGCAAAUAGUAUGCCUAAUGAACAAAUAAACGAAAUUCCAGACUCCAAGAACAAGCUCACUGAAGGAGGAUUUUCAACGUUACUAGUCUCUGAAGCCCCAGACAGAGCACAACACAACAGCAACCAACCUGGAAACUUCCAGAAGCUCCUUCUCCCGAAGCCCAAGUUGGCCCUAGUCAACGUUCCUGUUAUGCAGUUCACCCACCUGCCUGUUCUCCUCCCCUCUGCAGAGAGUAGUGCCUUGAAGUUAUUGGUCUUGUCUAUGGAUGCACAAGGGUCCGUAAACACUGUGCAUAUUUUGUCACCGUCGGUCGAAACAGCCAUGCCUGAUCUGAAUAACAAGACUUUCAAAGAGACCUUUCCUGUACCUACAUCGGGCCCAGAAACUUUUAGCACAGGAGUACAGGUCAAUCUUGAGAGUCAAGUCUCUUUGGGAUAUCCAAACAACAAAAGCACUUCAACAAACAUUCAAACUGACAUCUCGUACCUCAACAAAGGGAUGGAUGCCGGACCAGCAACUGUUUCCCCCUGCAGUGAGGCCUCAGUAUCCUCUUGCUCUCAGACAGACAUCAGUGUUAGUGCUCAGAUUCAGCUGCCUAUUAGUGUGCAAACCCAGACACUACCCUCACGAAUCAAAGCCACUUUCUCCAUUGGGGCACAGACAGAUGUUUUCAGUUUCUCGUCCUUUAAUGUGACCCGAGAAACACAAACAAGCUGUUCUGUAGCUCCAAUGCAUGAAAGCCAGAUGGACCAAGCGAUGUGCACAAAUCUUUUUGAUACUGAUACACUCAGUGUCUCCACUCAGACUGCAAUGGCUGAUGCGACUUUUAGAACCAGUGGUUUAGAAGAUCAUCUAACCAGCACUGGAGCAGGGCUUUUUGAGGACAAGGCUGCUGCGUCCAUGUGUUUUGGGGCCCAGACAGACAUUUUGCAGCAAAACACAGUUGCAGAUAACCAGACUCAGACCAUGAUACUCUUUCGGGACCUUGAGAAUAUACUAUCUGACACCAUAACUGGGGCAGCUUCGAGCUGUGGUUCAGGUUUAGCUGCGCAUGAACCGCAUCACACUGGUAUUGACUUUGACUUUGAGGAGUUCCUCAAUGCAACACACAUUCAGACUCAGACAGAAGAAAGUGGCUUGAACAGUCUGAACACAGAGACAACGUUGGAACUCCUGGACAUUGAGACACAGACUGACUUCUUGCUCUUUGACAACCUUGGUAAUGGGCACAACAGUGACGUUGGAACCAGGGUGCAACCAAAUGACCUGGAGCUGGAGAUGUUUGACACCCAGACCCAGACAGACCUCAAUUUCCUGCUAGAAACGAGUGGGCACAUGCCCCUUGGGAGCAUCCUCAGACAGUCUAGUUUUAGCAUGAGCACGGAGUCCUCAGACACAGAAACACAGACUGAGAUCAGGCCGGCUCCACUUUCUCUGCCUUGCUCCAAUGAUGGGCAGGUGAGACUCAGCAGUGCUGAAACUCAGACCAUCUCCAGUUCCUUUCACAGCCUUGGCCACCUCUUCCACACUAGCAAUGAGACCCAGACAGCAGUCGAUGACUUUCUUUCAGCAGACUUGGCCUGGAACAUGGAGUCUCACUUUAGCUCGGUGGAAACCCAAACGUGCGAGGAGCUCAUCUCAUUGUUUCGACACAACGAGAAAGCAAAAAUCUGAAAGAUCCAUCAAAAGUGUUAGUUAGUUUACAUAAUGGAGUCAUUCCUAGUAUCUCCCUCAGCAGAGGUGGCAGAACUUUAAUCAGUCCCUUAAAAUCAUCUAGAACUCAGUCUGUCAGAUAAUAUUUGUAUGAAUACUUGUAGAAUCGUAGACUCGUAAUUCAACUAUAAGGUAUUGCAUAUCUGCCCAAAUCUAAGGAUGUAUGAAUAUACCUUUGCAGCACUUUAUUACCUCAUUAUCAAUGUUCAAAGUAUAUUGGUAGUCCUAAAAGUAUUUUGUUUGUUGCAGUAGAUGAGGUCAGAGCCUCUCGUGGGAAAUGUGUAGUACUGUAAGUUGGUACUGGUGUGUGCGUGCACAGAAAUUAUAAACAUUCCCCCCACAUGUAAAAUGUCUUUGUCUUGUAGGUAUACUUUCCAGUCUGAUGCUUAGAUGACUUGAGUCUUAUUGUCUUUAUAUCAUACUUUUUUUUUUGUUUUUUUUUUGCUUUGUGAUGUAUAACAACUUAAGUUACAUUUAUUUGUGCAAUGCUCUAGACCCAUCUACUAGUCACUGUGAGUAAAUUUAGGUCUUGAUCCAUUACAGAAUUCAUGUAAAUAUUUCUUGCUGACUGUUAUGGCACGUUAAUUUUAAUCUUUACAUGCUAAAUCAGAUGAAUUUGCAUAUUAUGCAUGUUUCAGAUGUCACAUUCCCUUAAAAAGAGGAGCAGGGAAAUUGCUCUUGUUUACUGUGAUGUGCAUUCUGUACUGUGAGUAGAUUCAAAUCGCAAAAGUUUACAGUAAAACAAAACCUUUAAUAUUUCUUUAAAAGCAUGUAUCAAUUUUGUUGGGUGAUGUUCUAAUGAUUUUAAAUACCAGUUUAAACCUUUUUGUUGAUGCCUUAAUUUAAGUUUAUAUGCUUUUGAUGGAGAGACUGAAAUCGCAGUGCUGCUUAACGGAGAAGCAAAAUUGCUGUCCUUUGUUGUUUUUAUUUUCUUCAUUUCGUAAGAGAUUUCAAUGUGUAUAUAUUUAUUUGGUUUUGGUUAUUUUGAAUGUUUCAUCUCUAAGUGUGGUGUAAAAUCACACUAGCUCAUUCACUACUUCUUGGCCUUACUACACUGAAAGCCAACCAUAGCUUUAUUUUCAUUGUGUGUGUGUGUGGAUGUGUAUGCGUGCACACACACUUAAUGUACUUAUGUAUAUAUUGGAAAUUCCACAAGUAGAAUGUGACGCAGUGUCUGUUUCCCUUAUGAUGUUGCAAUGGCUGCUUCUCGACAUCGUAACUGCAAAAUAGCUUUAGUAUUUUCAUGCCAAACAUCAGAGACUCUCAUAUUCAACCACUACAUUCAUUAAAAUGUUAUUUAGAUCUUGGAAUAAAUACUGCAAAUGAAUAUGUGUUCAUUUUGUUUAGGCAAUGAUGUCAUAGUAAAAACUUCCUUUAGAAAACUUGAAAGAGUCAGCUAAGCUCGUGUUUCUCUGUAGAGUGCAUGCAUUUCUUUUGUGCCAAGAAUAACAUUUGUGUUGCUUUUUUGCAUUUGCAUUUACAACUUGGUUUAAGACAUUGUUUAUAAUUAUGUAUAUUAAUAUUGAUAUAAUGAUUAUUUUUGUUAUUUGAAGGCUGGUCAUUUGUACUUUAUGGUUAUGUUCUGUUGUUUAGACAAUGCUGAUGCACAUGAAACCGCAAAAUAAACUGCAGAGAAGA